UGUCUUUAAAAAUGAUUUCUCUUUUCAUAGUGACAAUAUUUUGUCCGGCUUUGGUCAAGAUGGAUUUAACAUUGCUGAUUCCAACGUACAUAACGCCAACAACAAAAGGAUACUGCGUUUAUCAGGGCGAGAUUUAUCCACCAGGGGGCUUCAAGCCGUCGCCUUGCGUAAAGUGUGUCUGUUCUGCAAAUGGGCAAUCCUAUUGUUUGUUUGGAGACUGUAAUCCUUCUAUUUAUUACUUUUGCAAGGAUCUUUAUAGGGAACACCCAGACGACUGUUGCCCUAAAUGCGCAUAUGGUUACAACUGUACAGCCCCAGACGGGUCGUUUAUGCAGUACGGAAAGAAAUACCAUGUGGAUCAGAACUUGGUAUGUCACUGCCUGGGACGGGAACCAAACGAAACUGCCGUCUGUAACCCAGUUCACCCUACCAAAAUUGUUCCAGAAGUCGUGGGAUAUUAUUAAAUCUUUUGUACAGAACAUCAUUGUUUUAUCGUUCCUUUGAUGAACACUCAUAAUGUACAAAAAACGGAAAACGUUUUGAACACGAAUUAAGAUAAAGUUUCCAUAGAAUCCCAAGACAUAUCGUAUUUGCUUGUCCUUAUACUCUGUCAGACAACCAGAAAAUUGUUCUAACGGAUAUGUACAAUGUAUGUUAAUGGUCCUCUUUGUCUGCCUCUCCUUGAUAGCUGCGUUUUUAUUUUGAAUUUACCGGAGAUGAGUAACUAAAUUGGAACAUGACCACUUUUUAUUUACGAAAGCCGUUAGAGGACAGGUAGAAAAAAUAUUUCAUCUGACUGUCGCCACAU